ACUCCUCCUCCUCAUCUCAACAAUCAUUUCAACAAACAAUUAAACAACACUCCCUAUACAAAACACACAUGGAUUCCAUCACUCUAUAUUUGUCCCUCUUUGCCACCGCAGCCAUCUCCCUCUUCCUCUUCAAAUUCGUCUUCUCCGCCGGCCACUCCAAGCUCCCCCUCCCCCCGGGCACCCUCGGCUGGCCCUACAUCGGCGAAACCUUCCAGCUCUACUCCCAGAAUCCCAACACCUUCUUCGCCUCCAAACUCAAGAAGUAUGGCUCCAUAUUCAAGAGCCACAUACUCGGGUGCCCCUGCGUGAUGAUCGCUAGCCCGGAGGCCGCGAAGCAGGUGCUCGUCACGAAUGCGCAUCUCUUCAAGCCCACAUUCCCGGCUAGCAAAGAGAGGAUGUUGGGGAAGCAAGCCAUAUUCUUCCACCAGGGCGACUACCACGCCAAGCUAAGGAAGCUGGUCCUCCGCGCCUUCAUGCCCGAGGCCAUCAAGAGCAUCGUCUCCGAGGUCGACUCCAUCGCCGUCGACACCCUUCAAUCGUGGGAUGGGAAGCUCAUCACCACUUUCCAAGAAAUGAAAACAUAUGCAUUCAAUGUGGCAUUGCUGUCAAUUCUUGGAAAGGAUGAAGCCCAGUACAGGGAGGAUCUCAAGAGGUGUUAUUACGUCCUCGAAAAGGGGUACAAUUCCAUGCCGAUCAACUUGCCCGGGACGCUCUUCCACAAGGCCAUGAAGGCAAGAAAGGAGCUAUCAAGAAUCUUGGCCAAGAUUCUGGCAGUUAGGAGGGAGACAAAGCAGCACCACAGUGAUCUCUUGGGAUCAUUCAUGGAGGAAUCCGAGGGCCUCACCGACGAGCAGAUAGCCGACAACAUAAUCGGGGUAGUCUUCGCGGCUCGUGACACAACAGCUAGCAUCAUGACAUGGAUCCUCAAGUAUCUUGCAGAAAAUCCAAGUGUGCUGCAAGCAGUCACUGAAGAGCAAGAGGCAAUAAUUAAGGCUAAAGAGGAAAGUGGAGAGGAGAAGCUACUGAAUUGGGCUGACACAAAGAGGAUGCCAAUGACAAAAAGGGUCAUUCAAGAAACACUCAGAGUUGCCUCAAUUUUAUCCUUCACUUUUAGAGAAGCUGUGGAAGAUGUUGAAUUUAAUGGAUAUUUGAUACCAAAAGGGUGGAAAGUGCUGCCACUAUUCAGAAACAUUCACCAUAAUCCAGAAAAUUUCCCUGAGCCAGAGAAGUUUGAUCCUUCAAGAUUUGAGGUUGCACCCAAGCCCAAUACAUUCAUGCCAUUUGGCAAUGGGGUCCACUCAUGCCCAGGGAAUGAGCUAGCCAAGCUGGAAAUUUUGGUUUUAUUACAUCAUCUCACAACAAAGUACAGGUAUUCUAUGAUGGCCCCACAGAAUGGAAUCCAGUAUGGACCCUUCCCUCUUCCCCAGAAUGGUCUGCCCAUCAAAAUCUCCCUCAAGAAAUGAUCAAUUUAUUCAGACAACAUCAGACUGAAACAUGAGCUCAACAAACACUAGUACUUGUGUUUGUGUUGUGUCCAAAUGCAAAAUCAUGCUUGGUUUCCUGCAAAGUGGGAAGCCAAGAUACACACACUUUUGAAUCAAGAAUUGUGUAGAAUUGGAAACAGCCCAUGAAUCAGAAGAAGAUUUCUGGUGCAUGGUGACAGCAACAGAAAGAAGAAGCCAAUUGUACAUAAAGAGUUUCAACAAGCUGGGAAAGGAUUAAUAGCCAUUUUUCAUUUUUUUUUUUCUAAUUACAUGUGAUAAGUAACUUAUUUAGCUAGAAAAAUUCUUUGUAUUUUAGCCAUUUUGAUUUUUUUUUUCCACUUUCUUUCUUAUGUAAAAAGUCCGCAAGGCAAUCAAUGAAGAUCUCUAGUCUCAGUUUUGUCCAAA